AUGCCGCUUUUCGCGCGCCUCUCCGACGUCUUCGGCCGCAAACCCGUCCUCCUGGCCGCCAACACCACAUUCUUCAUCGGCAGCGUUAUCGGCGGCGCAGCCAAGGGGCUGGGCACCCUAUUGGCCGGACGAGUGAUACAGGGCAUCGGCGCGGGCGGUUUGUUGGUGUUGCCGAAUGUGGUCAUUUCGGAUCUGUUCAGUCAGAGGGAAAGGGGCUUUUAUCUCAGCGUUAUCGGUAUGACCUGGGCAGUGGCCUCCGCCCUGGGCGCCGUCGUCGGCGGCUUCUUCGCUGAAAAAGUAUCCUGGCGCUGGUGCUUUUUCGUCAACUUGCCGUUUGAAGCCGUCAGUAUCGCGCUCGUGCUCGCGUAUUUGGAUGUCCAUCGUCCGAGCACGCGGUGGGUGCAAGGCGUCAAGGCGAUCGACUGGCUAGGCGCCGCAGUGCUGGCGGGCGCGACGGUGAUGCUCUUAUUAGGUCUCGAGUUCGGCGGGGUCACGUAUCCGUGGACGUCCGGCGUGGUGAUCGGAUUGAUCGUGGGCGGUACACUGGGCUUCGCAGCCUUCGUCGGCGUCGAAGUGAAAGUUGCGAACCGCCCGCUCCUGCCCGUCCGCGUGUUCGCACACAGGUCCCCCGCCGCCAUCCUCGGCGUCGUCUUCACCCACGGCACGUGCUACAUCGCCGCCGCGUACUUCCUGCCCCUCUACUUCCAGCUCGUGCUCGGCGCCAGUCCGCUGCUCGCUGGGGCCUGGUUCCUCGUCACGGCCGCCACGCUCGCCAUCACGACCAUCGUGUCCGGGAAGUACAUGCAGCGCACCGGCCGCUAUCUCGAAGUCGUCUACUUCGGCACCAUGAUGAUGGCCCUGGGCUUCACGCUCCUGACGAAUUUUCCACCAAAUAGGAGUUGGUUAAGGAUCGUCAUGUAUCAGAUCGUCGUCGCGCUGGGCAUUGGCCCGCUGUUUCAGAGCCCGCUCAUCGCCCUGCAGACGAAUCUCGCACCUGCCGAUAUUGCCGCCGGUAGCGCGGCGUAUAGUUCGAUCAGGCAGCUGGCGUGUGGUAUCAGUGUCGUGGUGGGGCAGGUCUUGUUCCAGGCGAAGAUGAAGGAUCAUCUUGAGAAUCUUGCGAAGGCGGGCAUCUCGGGUGAUCUGGCGCGGAGUCUGGCCAAUGGAGAUCUGAUCUCUACGGCUUUCUCGAGGGAUGUUGUCAGAGCGGCGACGUCGGAUAGUCUGGCGAGAAUGUGGAUUUUUUACGCCGUGGUCGGCUUGCUGGGUCUUGUCUUCUCGUUUGGGAUCAAGAAGAAGAUGCUGAUGAGGGAUCAUGUGGAGCAUAUGACUGGAUUGGAUGAGCUCAGCGGGAAUGAGGACGAUGUUUCGGCUGUGGUGGUGAAGGGGGAAGGUAAGGGGGGAAUUGUGUGA